AUGGAGAACAAAGCCGUGGUCCUCACUAUCUACAUCGUCGCCUUCAUCAUUGGUCUUCCUUGCAACCUUCUGGCCUGCUAUUCCUUCAUGAGAAAAGUGCGUCACAGGCCAGUCCCCAUAGAUAUCCUGUUGCUCAAUUUGACCAUUUCUGACCUUUUCCUUCUGAUCUUUUUGCCCUUCAAGAUGGCAGAAAUUGCUCAAAGGUUCACUUGGCCCCUUCCUUCCUUCCUUUGCCCACUGAUAAACUUCUUCUUCUACAGCAGCAUUUAUAUCAGCACCCUGUUCCUCAUGGGGGUCAGCAUAGAGCGCUACCUGUGCAUCGCCUACCCUGUUAAGCACAAGUUGAACCGCAGACCAACCUACGCAAGAAUUGCCAGCCUCGUCUUCUGGUUUUUGGCUUGCUUCCAUUGUGGUUGCAUUAUCUUCGUUGUUCACUAUCUCCCUGGAAAUCAUUGGAGUCAUGUAGAUAACGUCACUUGCUACUAUAACUUCUCCCAUGCACAGCUUGCCGUCGUCCUCCCUUUCCGCCUGGAGCUCUUCUUUGUCCUCUUCUUACUUCCUUUCUUCGUCACCAUUGCCUGCUAUGCCAACGUGAUCCGCAUCUUAAACAGCAUGCCGAACAUUAAGCCCCAGAAGAGGCAGAGAGCCAUGGGCUUAGCUGUGGCUACCUUGCUCAAUUUCACUCUGGCCUUUGCUCCUUACAAUAUCUCCCACGUUGUGGGCUUCGUGACUAAAAAAAGCCCUUCCUGGAGAACAGAGACAUUCUGCCUGACUUCCCUCAACACGGUGUUGGAUCCUGUUAUUUUCUUCUUCUCUUCCUCCACCAUCCGGAGAACACUUAGAGAAUGUUGGAUUGGCAUCUGCAAGAAACUCCGGAAUCAUACAUCGCCCUGCUGUCCAUGCUGCUGCAGGUCUUCUAAGGACAACCCCAAAAAAGGUGAAGUUGGCGAGUUAUCUCUUGGAAGCAUCCCCAGUAUACUGGCAGGAUCUAGUACCCCCACGCCUUUUGCAACCCUGGAACCCUCUAUGACAUUAGACGAGUGA